AGUUCAUUCAACUGUAGAAAUGAGUUGCGACAUCACAGGUGUAAAGCUGUAUCGGCCUUUUGAAAACACAGGAAAAUAGCAGCAGCAGGAAAAGUCGCCCAGCAUUGGCUCUAGAUUUCUCUUUGUUUGCCCCACCAUUAGUAAACAUCCAUGCCACCUCAUCUCAUACAAACAUUGGCUACUCCCUGAUAUAGUUAAGCAAUGAUUGAAAGGUCACUGAUAUCUCAUUUAGCUAGCAGGCUGAACAAAAAUUCAUUAUAAAUGAUGGAAGAAGUAUUAGUUGAAAUAGUUUUCAGUAGCAACAGUCAUAAAUAUUGUUGAAUGUAGACAAAUGUAGUUUCUGCCUUAUACAUUAUAGUGAAAUAGAGAGACAUCAGUUAUAGUUGUGUAUCAUAUAUAUAUACACACACGCACAUAUAUAUGUAUCGAAAUAUAGCCAUCAAUAAUUGCAGUCCUAUACACUAUGAAAUAUACAAACUAACUGCAAUCCUAUAUACUUUGUGAAAUACAGCAACAAGAAUUGCAGUCCUUGAAAUAUGGAAACAACGUUGGGAAACCUAUUGAGCAACGAAGGAUUAACCAAUUAUUUCUUGACAUAUUUAGAGCAAAAUCAUGAGAACUUACCACAGCCAUCCUGUGUUGCUCUUCAGAAUGAUACAGUGUGUGGCCCUCACUUAAUGCAAGACAUAGUGUUGUACCUUCAAGGUACAAGACAUUGCUCUGUCUACUAUAGUCUCACGAAUGAAAACAACAGCUAUCACUUUAUACUUUACUACUAUUGAGUUGUUAUGGUUGCAUUGUGAAAAAAGCAUUAAAAAUAUUGGCUUCAACAUUUCCUAAUCAGAUAUAUAUAUCUUUUCAGAAACCACCAUUCAUGCUAGCAUGGGAAAAUUAAUCAAUAGUAAUUAAUAAAUAAUCAACACUUUGAUAUACUGAAUCUUAUAUUGAUCUUGUUUGAUAGUGAAACAGAGAUUAAAGUUGAAGACUAUGUCUGGGUCAAGUACAGAGAAGAGAGCUGUUAUAUAGCUUUGUUGUAAUAUAUUUACUGCACAACUUGGUCUGAAAAUAUCCUAGUCGGGAUAUGUUUAAAAAAAUUUUUUUAAUUAUCUCUUUGAUGUUUUCUGAAACUGUUUUAACUGAAAUCAAGAAAUGUGUUGAAGAACAAGGAAAUCACAGGCAGGAUAAUUAAAAAUCAAUUGUUUUGAUGUUUGGAUUGUUUAAUUUCAUUUUUGUAGAAUAAUAUAUUUAUUCGUGUAUUUUAUUUUACAUGCAGGCUCAUAUAAUUUUUACUUUACACACUUUUGUUGGUAAAUGAUUGAAAAGAAAAUAUAAAUUAUCACUUGAUUACAGAUUAUGGAAAAGUAAAAUUUUUGUUAAGAAUAAUUUAAUUUAUGAAUGAGAUUUUUUAAAACACCAUUCUAUAUUUCUAAUACUUACAAUUCAAUUUACCUAAUCAUCUCCUGAUCACUUUGAUCUGAGUUUGUGAUACUCUGUGUAAUUAAUUAAUUUUUGCUAUUUUGAUGCAUGAUUAUAAAUAAUAUCCUCCUUUUUGAGACUUUCUGUAGAUUUUCUUAUCUUUUUUUUGAAAAUUUGUAAUCUGUCAGCACUUGAAAUUCUUACCUGUUAACAUGUUUAUUAAUAAUUCCACUACAGUUUCAGCUGUCAACAUGUUAUACACAGCAAUUUCUCUCCAUUUCUAUUUUGUUGGUUCCAGUCAGAAGGCUGUUGCCAUGCUGGACCACUGCUGCCGCUUGCUGCUUCAUGCUCUUGCUUGAUGAGGCUGGGGUCAUCCCAGCUGGAGAUAUAUUUCCAACGAAUUAAAAAUCCAAAACUCAGGAUACGGCCAUGUUUUGUAAGACUGGCUAUGAUCUCUGAAGGAUACAGUGCCAUUGCAGCAUGCCAGGAUGAAACCAUGAAUAGAAGAGAUAAAAAGGGCAGAACUACUACAUUAAAGGACAAUGCUGUACUCAAUGGCCAGAAUGAUGAGGUUAGAAAAUCUAGACGUCACAAAGAAAACCAGGAUGAGACCACACAGAAUCUAGAUUUCGAUAGCAAUAGCAACACAAGCACUGGCGACGAAAGCAUUGUGUACGGUCCGACAACACGGAAACAGUGGUCAGAAUGGGUGUCAAAGCCUGCGAAACAAAAUAGAGAACAAAAUGCAGACCAGGAGAAUAUUCCAGAGGGGCAGUUCCAGGGGGAAACUAAAAAACCAACAUGUCAUACUCGAAUAGUGAAACGGAACCGCAGAAAGAGUAAAGCUAGCCCCAGUAAGAUGACGAAGGAAGAGGAAGGUACCAGGACCAAUGGAGAGUUUGUCCGGCGCCGAGGUGCUGUCUGUAAACCACGAGGACCCAAAGCUAGAAAUAAGAACAAAGCCUUGGCAAUUGACGGACUCAAUUUGUUGCACAAGCAAACGGUUUUAUCAACGUCAUCAACUGCUUCCAGUGAGAAUAGUGUUAGUUGCAAUGAUCGUUCAAUGACUUCCUUUUCUGAUGCCUAUUUCAAAUCUGGUUCGCAACCUCAUACAAUAGCAGCAUUAGAAGUACCUCCAGCAAUGCAACGUUUCUUUGACAACAUCAAACAACGCUACACAGAAUUUUUAAAUUAUAUGAAAACACCGCAGUAUAAAACAACAGUUGAACGACAAAUAGAAGAGGAGAAGAAAAGAAAAUCUACACUUGAGAAUGAAGUGCAAAAAUUAGAGAAACAAAUUGCUGGCCUUCGAAAAGCUAGUUUACAACAGCUCAAGAAUCGGCUUGGUGAAAACGGCUUCACCACUCUUCCUUAUGCUGAAAAACAACUUGUUAGUGAAGUGUCUGUUUUGCUCAACCACAACAAACAGUUGUUAACCCGAGUGGACCAGUUGGAAGUGGAGGUUCAGGAGUUGGAGAAGAGACAUGGGGACAUUGUCUCACUGCAGCUGCAAGACUCAGCACUUGCUCAUAGUGGAACACCGACAGUUGACUCUGCCGACCACAAAGAAGAACGUGAGCAGCAAGAGAAAGUGGACGUCAAAUCUCAUCCCGUCAACGCCAUGGCUGUGGACAACAGCAACAAACCACUCGACAAAUCUGCUAAAAGCUCUAAAACAACAAAGGAAGAGGAAAAGAGCGAGAAAGAAGAGGAGGAGGAGGAAGAUGAUGAUGAUGAGGAGGAAGACGAUGACGACGAUGACAAUGAGGAACCGAUUGAGAAAACUGUGAAGAGUCAAGUGUUCAAGCCUGAGAACGGCAAUAAAAAAUCGGUUGUGUGCAAAACGGAGGAGACUCGAACAAGACAAGAGAAUUUGUCCUCUCAGUCACAUGAUCAUAAAUCUUCAGAAGAUUCCAGAGAAACUUCUUCAUCAUCUUUGUCAUCGUCACAUUCUUCAUAUAAACAAAACGGGAACCGUGAGCCAGUUACUAUUUCAGUCUCAAAGUCAUCUUACAAAUCAAAUUCUCAUCAUUCACCUGACUACAAGGACAAACAUAGUAGCAGUUCCCAUAAAAGCUCAAGUGAGUCGAAAGAGAAGAAAGCCGUUUCCAGUGCCAAUCGCAUCCGAAAUGGUGUGGUGAGUGAUGCCGUGAAACACAGUAGUCAAGUAAUGUCCAGCAAGAGUAGUUUCUCAGAACAUAAGGUUGCCUUUACUAAUGCAAAAUCUCCAUUGAAACUUCGCAUAACCAGCAAAUGUUUGGACAGUAGUGGAGACAAGAUCGGACCACCUACGUACGUUAUCACACCUGUGUCUGAAUCUCACCAUCGACAUUCUCCUGUUAGCCGUCCUAGCAGUCGUAGCAGUUCAGAGUCUGCCAGCACCAACAGUGAUGAAACUCAUCAGAAUCCUUGCACGCUUAAGAUCAGCUCUGCUGUGCUCAACAGACAGAACAGCUCAAAGAACUCUGAGUAUACAAAACUGAAUUCUCCUCAGUCGAGUUCCACGUCUGAAUCGAGGUACAGCCCAUUCUCUGAAUAUUCUUCAGGGACAUCUAGUAAGAGUUCCAAGAGCUACUGCUGCAAAAGAUCGAUCCAGUCAAUGGGUGGAACUAAGAUUUCAAUCUUGAAGACGUCGACACGGGAGUGUGACUUUCAGGUGUCUCCUUCCUCCACGGGUGGUGCUUAUUCACACUCGACAUCAACGCGUGAGUGUGACUUCCAAGUAUCGCCUUCCUCUGCUGGUGGUGCUUACUCACAUUCGACUUUGACGCGGGAGUGUGACUUUCAAGUUUCUCCAUCCUCUGCAGGCGCCGCUUACUCACAUUCACACUCUCAUUCACACUCACACUCACAUUCACACUCGAGUUCAGAGAAACGCAAGGAGAAGAAAAAGCAUUCAUCUGGUAAAUCUCAUCACAGUAGCCACAAACAUUCUCAUUUCAGCGAAUCAAAACAGUCCAGUAGUGAUAACCUGAAGAAUGAGUGUGAACCUUUCCCCACGACCACCACCGCUGCUGUUACUCUGCCAUCAAUUACCACUCAGCCUCAUGCAGUAUCUUCAGAUUCUUCAAGUCAGUCUGCCCACAGAGACUUCAGUCCGCAUAGGUCUGGCUCUGUCAGUUCAAGUGGAGGCGGACGAAGUAAGCGCCGUAAAGAUACACAUGAGUCUCCGAAGAAGAAGUGGCAGCUGCAACAACAACUCGAGAUGGGGAAUAGUUUAGAAGCCUUGGCCAAGUAUGCCUUGUAUGAUGUGGAACGAAGUCGACAGAAGAGACGCAAGAGUCCCGACAAUGAGUUACGACGUAAACACUCAAAGAAGGAGAUUGUUCAAGUCGAUGAUGACCGCAGCAAACAGAAACACAGCAAUUCUGUGGUGAGUGGCCCUCGGACACCACCUGGCACACCACCAUCAGAUGUGGCACAAGAUGCAGUCUCACCUCCUGAUUCUCCGGCAGAACCUUUGAGUAAUUCUCAUGAAUGGACUGAGUGGAAUAAUAGUCUGCUGAACACUGAGAAAGACGGUGCUAUCAACAGUGUUAAUUCAGAUCGCGACCAUCGAACAUCGUCAGAACGCAAAUCUAGUCCAGCUUCCGUUAGUGACAGUGUGGACCAGUCAAAAUCAAAUGCUGCCAUUAACGAACCAGUUAACAACAGCACUGACUCUCUACAUUCUCAGCAUUUCUCCUCGGUUUCUGCACUUCACAAUACGUCUUAUUCCAUGGAUGCUGAUAAAUCUUCUGAGAAACACUUCAAGAAGCGCUAUUUCUCCAAGACCAAACAGUGGAAUCAGCAAAGCAGUAGCAGCAGCAGUAGCAGCAGCAGCAGCAGCAGCAAGAGCAAACGGCUGCACAAGCAUUGGGAAAAUGACUUCUCCUCAUCACAUGGCAACAGUAGUGAACCAGACAGCUACAAAAGUCAGAGUUUUGAAAUUGUUAAUCGAGGUGAUUUAAGUGGUGGUAAAGUGAUUCUUAACCGCCUCAUGACACAGAACAAUGAUCAUGUCUAUAGAAUCUCGGACUCCCAUUCCUUAGAGCAACGAAACACAAACAGCCUACACAGUAAGCAUCACAGUAAAUCAUCAUUUACCGGCGCUGAAUCUUCUCAGGGAGAUGGAAUUCCAAGUGCUGGUUCCAGCAAAACUUCCAGACUUUCUACUAAUCAAAGCAAGACUUGUGGCAACAGGAACUAUUGAAGACACCCUUUUUAGGGAGUUUUAAAAUAAUAAUAUUAAUAAUAAUAAAUAAUAAUAAUAAUGAUAAAUGAACAUAAAUGAAAGAACGAACUACUCAAUGUAAUUAGUAUUAUUUAUAUCUAAAGUAAAUCAUUUGACAUCAAGAGAGGAAAAAAAAAAAUGGAGCGUGUGGGAUGGGUGGGAUAUAGAGGAAUCAUAUCAUGACAUAUAUGGACACACAGACACACACACACACACAUUUACAGCCACCUCACUCAUAUCCAUACACAUAUACACACACACACAAACACAUUCAAUUUAUACACAUUUACAUGUGCAGAGAACAUUAUUGCGUAUGUACGUGUGUGAGAGAGAGAGAGCGUGCGUGUGUGUGUGUGUAUGUAUGUGUGCGUAUGUUAUUUGUGGCGUCUUUUAACCAUCAUACUGUGGACAGUGGUAGUUGGCCGGUAGACUGGGCGGUUGGUGAUUCUGUUAUUUUAUGUCAUUAUGUCUGUUUUUGUCCUUUCACUCUUGGCGUUGGAUACUGAGUAUAACUGCCACCACAACUACCACUUCUACCACCACUACCCCUUUCCACCCUCACCUUUUGUCUAGAUUGAUCUCUUGUCAUUUUUUCUGGGGUUUUUUUCCAAAAUUUUUUUUUUCCAUAAUGAUUUAUUUUUUUGCAUUUUUCUCUUUCUUCGAUAUUUUUCACUUUUUCUCUUUACCUCCCUUCCCCCCUCCGCCCCCUUUUCCGUUUUGUUUUGUUUUUUUUUUUGUUUUUGUUUUUUCCUUUUGUUAAAAAAGCUUUUGUUGAACCUUUAUCUUGAUGGAGUGUGUGCAGGUGGGAGUUCUGUAUCAUGGAUUACUUUUUUUUUUGCUUCAGAAAAUUUAUAUUGGUUUGACUGGUGGAAUUGCUCCCCUUCUUUCAUUGUUCUAAAUCUCUCUUACUUUCACUUUCUCUUUGUCUAAAUUCAUUGCUUUUUACAAUGUUUCUCUUCCAUUUUUCAUUAUAUGCUAUUGAAAUUUAAGAUUUACAAAAAAUAUUUAUCUAGUAACAGAUGUAUGCAUGCUUGUACACAUAGACACACACACACAUAUAUAAAUGCAUACACAUACAGUUAUAUCAUGUUUAUAUAUAUAUGUGUGUGUGUGUAUUUAUAUAUAUAUAUAUACAUACGUACAUAUGUAGAUAUAUUAAUGGAGUCAUACAUCUACAAGCAUAUUCUCACUCAUACCUAUACAUACAUAAAUACAUUUAGACACACACACACACACAUAUAUAUUUAUUUAUUUAUUUAUAAAAUUGAAUUUAAUUUAUUUCUGAUUUUUAAAGAAUAUUUUUCAACUUUUUGUUAAUUUUAUUUUCAUUUUUAUCGUCUUUGAUUUUAUAGUUAAGCAAAGUCGGGUGUUAGUUAUAGAUUUAUGUGUAGGACGGGUAUUGGUCUGAAAUAUUGUAGCAUUUACUGCAUUCUUGGCAAUCUCAUAAACAAUUUCCUAAAGACGGAACAGAUUUUCUUGUCAGGUUUAACGAAGAGUAGGAAAUAUGGGGUCUGUCAUAUCUCUAAAAGCAGCAUGACUAUCAGUAGUAGUAAUAACAAUGGUUUCAUGUUUUGGCUCAAGGCCAGCAAUUUCAGGGGAAGGGGUAAAUCGGUUACAUCAACUCCAAUGCUAAGUUGGUACUUAUUUUAUUGACCCCGAAAGGACGGAAAGCAAAAGUUGACCUUAACGGAACUUGAACUCAGAACAGACAGGCAGACAAAAUGGCACUUAGUAUAUUAGUGGUUUUAGAUAGAUUUAAAAAGAAAAUUGUCAUGUUUACCUCAAUUUCUCUGACAAUAUUUGCUGUUGGAUAAUAAAAGCAAUAUUCAAAUAUGAUGAUAAUAAUAAUAAUAAUAAUAAUGAUGAUAAAGUUAUUCUAAAUUCUGUGGGUAGAAGCAGUCAAUUAAUUCUAUCCCAGAAUGACGAAGCCAUCAGUAAUAGGAAUUGAAUUCAUAAUAUAAUGGAGACCAGACUAAAUUCUACAAAGCCUUUCGUUUGGCACAUUAUCAUUGCCAUCCAUGAUGGUGAUGAUGAUGAUGAUAAUGCUGAUUUCUUCAGGUCAAUGUUACACAUAUGUAGGGUUGGGCAGAUACUUUUUCAAUUCUAAACAAAACCCACAUAUCCCACCUCUUAUACUCUUACUAAAUAUACCCAUUCCAUAUUCAGUUCCCCCUACUAUCACUCUUUAGCCAUCACACUUUCUCUCUAUCACUCAUCUUUAUCGCUACUCCCCACUCUUUAAACUUUCUCAUUUCCAUUAUCACCCAGUCUGCCUCAUUUCCCCCAUCAUGCUGUUUUUCAGUUCCACCUCCUUACCAGUAAUCCUCGUGUAGCUGCCUAUCACUAGCUCUUUCUUCUAUUUUCUCUGCAGUCCUAGUUCUCUCUCUUCUAUUCACUCUCUCAGUCAUGUCUUGAAUGAAUGGAAACAUCAUGAAGAGGACACUUUAGUCUUGCUGGGGGUUAGACAAGCCAACUUCUCUAGUGUUGGUUGUACAAUUAGAUGCAUCCAAUAUGCUCUGUAAAAUGGUUGACAUUAAGAAGGGCAUUCAACCAUAGAAACCCUAUCAGAAAUGGACUGUACAGGCAAGAUAUCUCUAAGCCAUCAAAGGAAGCAGUAAUUCUGUUUAUGGAGGUGAUUUGAACCAUAGUUAUCUGUCUAACCCAUGCUGGCAUGGGAAAGCAGAUGCAAAAUGGAUAAUUGUCUCUCUCCCCUAAUAAACCUUUAUAUUCUUCCUCUCUUUUUUCUGUCUCUAGAUAAACCUUUAUACAUCUUCCUCAUCAUCUCUCUCUGAACUAUCUUUCCCCCUUCUAUACAAACAUUCGACAACUCCACUCCUUUUCAACAGUGCAAUGAUCAAUUGUUGAGGUCUGCAACUUCUGCAACAUUCUCUGACAGUCAUGGUGUAUUACCAGUUAAACCCUGUCAGAAUGGUUCAAUAGAUCUCCAAAUCUCAGGACAAACUUUAAAAAUUGUGAAAUGAAGCCUUUAGGGUUUAAGGUAGUCAAACAGAACAGGAUUUCAAUACAUGUUCAUUCCACUCACUUGAGAUUAGUGCAUGUAAUGAGCUGACUCUGUAUUAGUUUUUCACUCAUACUUUAAUGAUUGUACAUGGUAAUUUACUCAUUGUCAAACAAUAAGAUAAAAUUUUUAAAAAAAUAAAUAAAAAACCAACAAAA